AGCCACUGCCCCACCUCCCACCUCGGCCGGCAGGGGGCUGUGCUUUCCCAAGGGGUGCUGCGACCUCAAAUGCUGCGACCCCAAAUGGUGCGUCCCCAAAAGGGCACGGCACGGCUAUAGCCCCGGCAGCGUUCCAGCGGCUGCGGCUCCGGGGACAUGGCCAACACCGCGCUCGUGCCCUGGGUGCUGCUCUGGCUGCUGGCGGCGGUGGGUUCGGCCGCCCGGGCACGGACGCGCCGGGAGUUAUCCCCGGGUUUGUACGAGCACGGCGUGUUCGAUGCCGGCGGGUCCUACUGCCAACGCGGGGACGUCUGCUGCCGCGGGCGCGACGACGGCUGCACCGUGCCCUACCUCGACACCAUCUGCUACUGCGACCUCUUCUGCAACCGCACCGUCUCCGACUGCUGCCCCGACUUCUGGGAGUACUGCCUGGGCAUCCCGGCCCCGUUCCCGAAAGCGCCAGGCUGUGCUCGCUCCGGUCGCACCUAUCCCAGCGGGGCCACGUACCGGGACAACUGCAACCUGUGCACCUGCAGCCCUGGAGGGCAGUGGCAGUGCGAGGAGCACGCGUGCCUCAUGGACGGGGACCUCAUCGAUGCCGUCAAUAGGGGAAAUUACGGGUGGAGAGCAGCCAACUAUAGCCAGUUUUGGGGCAUGACGCUGGAGGACGGGAUGCGCUACCGCCUGGGCACCUUCCGGCCACCCCCCACCGUCAUGAACAUGAAUGAGAUGCACAUGGCCAUGGACUCCAACGAGGUUCUGCCCCGCCACUUUGAUGCAGCCACCAAAUGGCCCGGGAUGAUCCACGAGCCCCUGGACCAGGGCAACUGCGCCGGCUCCUGGGCCUUCUCCACGGCAGCCGUCGCCUCCGACCGCAUCUCCAUCCAUUCCAUGGGGCACAUGACGCCCUCCCUGUCGCCCCAAAACCUCCUGUCCUGUGACACGCGCAACCAGCGGGGCUGCAGCGGGGGCCGUCUGGAUGGAGCCUGGUGGUACCUGCGCAGGAGGGGGGUGGUGACAGAUGAGUGCUACCCCUUCACCAGCCAGGACAGCCAGCCCGCCGCACAGCCCUGCAUGAUGCACAGCCGCUCCACAGGCCGGGGCAAGCGGCAGGCCACAGCACGCUGCCCCAACCCCCAGACCCACGCCAACGACAUCUACCAGUCCACCCCCGCCUACCGCCUGGCCCCCAGCGAGAAGGAGAUCAUGAAGGAGCUGAUGGAGAACGGCCCUGUGCAAGCCAUCCUGGAGGUGCACGAGGACUUCUUCCUGUACAAGAGUGGGAUCUAUCGGCACACAGCGGUGGCUGAGGGGAAGGGGCCGAAGCACCAACAGCAUGGCACACACUCAGUGAAAAUCACAGGGUGGGGGGAGGAGCAGCUGCCCGAUGGCCAGGUCCAAAAGUACUGGACUGCAGCCAACUCGUGGGGCAGAGCGUGGGGUGAGGACGGGCAUUUCCGCAUCGCACGCGGCGUCAACGAGUGUGAGGUGGAGAGCUUCGUGGUGGGCGUGUGGGGCCGGGUCAGCGUGGAGGACAUGCCCCACAAGUGAGCGCCCCACAAGUGAGCGCCCCGGCACCGCAGACCCCACGGAGCUGUCCUUGUCCCUGCCCUGCCCUGCGGUCCCCCCCCCGGCCCCAUCUCCAGCGGGGGCACCCCAGGUCGGACCCCUCGUGCCGCCGGGUGCUGACGCAGCAGCCGGGUGCAGUGGGCCGUGCAUGGGGCGUGGGGCCGGGCCGGGGGGCAUCGCAGUGCCUGUGGGACGGAGGAUUUACUCACUAAUCCAGCCCGGGCUCAGCCGGCUUUGUUGGCAGCCGGGGGCUCUUCAAAGGCAGCCACCCCUACGCCGGGCGUCUGAGCCCCCCCCGGUCAUGUACGUAGGGCAGCAGGUGCUGUAGGACCCCCCCAGGUGCAGCACAGCUCCUGCAGAGCCCUCUGUCUGCCCCCGUGGAGCUGGAGGGGGUAAAAUGCUACAGCACUGGGCUGCAUCCGAGUGCCCAGCGAUGGAGGAGCCCAGGGCUGGGUGCUACCAGCUAGGGAUGGGGUCUCUGCGGCUCCCUCCCGCCCGUCCCCAUGGUGCUAAGGCCCCGGGGCAGGGAAACAGCCCCUACAACCAGCCCUGGGGUCCCCAGACCCCCCCCGUGUCCCCACCCCUGCCGUGGGGCCACAGGAGGGACCAGAGUUGCCACACAGCCUCACCUAAUCUGCACCCCCACCCCCCACUCUGUCCCCACCAGGCUGUACUUUUAAGACCCUUUUUUGUAUUUAUUUUGCUUUUUAUUAUUUGUAAAUAAAACUCCUGGAAGUCUCCUCCUC